GUCGAACACGCUGUCAAGCUUUUGGCCGAGGGACGCAUGAUCUUGAGCGACAUUGACACCACCCGCAGAGGCAGAGGCAAAGCUCCCCAGGCACAUAACAAAUCCACAGGCAAGGACAGCACUAUUCCACUGGCGUUUUCAGAUGCCAAUUAUGGCCAGAUCACCCGGUCUUACUUAGCCGCUAUCGAACAUCAGCCAGAGUCGGUCCUUCUCGAGAUCUCGGAGCUCGCACUGAGCAUUGCCAUGAAGAGGUCUGGCAUGCCAACGGACAUGAACGGCGAGGAAUCUCAGGAUGAGCGCGCUCUCAUCUGCUAG